AUGCAAGCUGAAUACUCCAAGAAUACUCGACGUUUUUUUAAGAAACUGGUAUCUGACAUGGAUGUUAUACCUGCGAUUGAACAAUUAAUAGCUGAUCAUGUUUUGGCAAAUCGGGAACUGUUAGAAGAAAUAUUCAAUGCUGUCAGUGAAGUAACCACUGAAGAAAAUCGUACACGUUUAGCCAAAAUUGUCGCAAAUAUUUGUAUCGAUGAUAAAAGUGUACGAAUAAUUGAAGAACAAUUAAAAGCAAAUGCAGAUGAAUUGGAUACGAAAAAAAUAUUUGUCAAAGAGAUAUUGAUGGAAAUUACCGAACGAUUGUGUAGACAAUUCAAACAAGCAUGUGGUGAUGAUCGGAAACGAGGAAAUAUCGCUUUUUGUCUCAGCAAAUUGAAUAUCAAAACAUUGGCAUCGUAUCGUAUACUGAAAGAGAACUUUCCAAAUGUUACCGAAACGAAUGGACAGACUGAAGAUGAUUAUGAUGAAGAAGAGCAUUUAGCAUGGAAAAAGUAUCUCAUGCCUGUGCUCACUGACAUUGAACGACGUUUGAAACCCAUGGAAAUCAAUUCUUCUCGACGGGUUUCGACUCCUACGACGCCAAAACGAAAGCUCGAUCGUUUAUCAUAA